AUGGAAGUAGAAGGUUCUGGUUUUAGUUUUGGUUCUGGUCAUGAUUUGGGUUUAGGAGUGAAAAAAGGUGCAUGGUCAGCUGAAGAAGAUCUUCUCCUCACUCGCUAUAUUAACAAGAACGGAGAAGGAAAGUGGCACCUUGUUCCAAAAAAUGCAGGAUUGAACCGGUGCAGAAAGAGUUGUAGAUUGAGAUGGUUGAACUAUUUAAACCCACAUAUAAAAAGGGGAAGCUUUGCUGAAGAUGAGAUUGAUCUUAUUGUUAAGCUUCACAAAUUGCUGGGCAACAAGUGUGAAAAGGGGCUAGGAAAGGAAGUUGUUGUCAUGAUGAUGGAAUUUGCAGUUGAGAAUAUGGGGAUACAUGGAUUCGAAAAAGUUUCUCAUAGUCAUGUCUUCAAAGAGGAAUCUUUGCUGUCAUCAAAUCAUGUUACAUCGACAAAAGGAUUGUUGGAUGCCUUGGUGGUGAAGUUGACGAGCAUGAAUGUUGUAUGGUUUUGGCUAGAAAAAGAAAAGGCACACAAAUGUCAUGUCUUCUCACAAUAUUUUGAGGCCUUAUUCUGA